AUACAAAUUUGGGACCCACGAAGUGGAGAAGUAGAAACAAAAAGAAAACAUGAAUUUGGGGGAGACACACAAAGCACAUUUUUUGUAACUGUGCAAAACAAAUGUAAAGCAAGAGUUUUAUAACCGCCUUGUUUCUACAUGAGCGUGCCUUUAAUCACUGCAUUGACGAAACAGAAAAGUAAAAGUCUCCUUACUUUUUUUGCUUUAAAAAGCACGUAAGCCAUAAAUGUACUUAAAUACUAGUUACUUCCGCAUUCACGGCGUUGUUGCUAUGGAAACCUUAGUGUAGACCACUGGAGUUGUACCUGCUGGCCGUUGUUUAUCUUAAACACAUAACCCAGAAAUCACCGUUCCGUCAUCGUUAUCGACUCUAAACGAAUUAUGCCACCCAAAAAGGAUGAAAAGAAGAAAAAGGCGGAAGCGAAGCCCCCCACGCUAAUAAAUGGCCUCACCAAGGAGGAGAUAUCGAGGGAACAGAUAGAAGACCAUGUUGUGCGACUUCGCGAGGUGCUGGACAGAGAGAGGGAGGAGAGGAAUUACUUCCAGCUGGAGAGAGACAAGAUUCAGUCCUUUCGGGAAGUCACUGACAGAAAACAUUCGGAGGUUAAGGCUGAACUUAAAAACCUGGAGAAGGCCAUAGAGGAUGAUCAGGCACAUCACCUAGUGGGGAUUAAGGUCUUUAAACAGAAGAUGAAGCACCUCCUGUGUGAACACCAUAACACAGUCACUGAGCUGGAAGCAGAUAUUGUAACCUCAACCGAUGUGCUGGAGGAUGAGCAGAGUCAACUGGAGGCAGAUCUGUAUAAGGAAAUGAUGGGCAUCCUGGUUGAGAUGCAGGAGUCCAGCUGUGAGGACGUUUUUAAAGAGCUUCUGCUGAAACAUGAAGAAGAAAUGACUGCAGCUAGGGAGAAGUGGGAGAGACUUCUGAGAGAAACUGCAGUCAGAAACAAGACAGAGAUUCAACAGCUGGAAAAGGAGCACGACAACAUAAUGAAAAGUGUGACAUGUGAGCGAGAGCUGCUCUGGAAGAGCCACUUUGGCAAUCUUAAUGAAGAUAUUGAGAGAUGCAUAAGUGACGCAAAAGAGCUUAUUAGUAUGCUGAGCAGAGAUACAGUAAAAGAGAUCACAGCUCUUAAGGAAUGCAGAGAUAAAAAGGCCUUGGAGCUGAUGUUGAUGAAAGAUGAAUUUUUUGCUCUUUUGAAAGAAAAUAAAGAAUUUGCAAAGCGUGUUGCAAAAACCGAGAAUGAAUAUAGCCGUCUUGAAAGGAGAUCAAAAUCCUUCUCACAGUCAGAGAAACAAUUAAUAAAUCCUCAAAAAAAGGUCCUGAAAGACAAGAAGACAGAGUUUGAAGACUUGGAAGAGCAAUUCAGGACGCUUCAGAUUGAGGUGGAGGAACUACAAUCGUCUGUUCCUAAGAAAAUCGACAUUGCGCAGAAACAAGCAGAUCUGUCUCUCAUGCCUCUGGAGGAUGAGCUGACGGCUCUGAAUGACCAUGUGGAGCAGAUCCACGCUCAGCUCCACGCCUUGAUCUCAGCCCCUAACGUGGACCAAACCGCUGUCACUGAAAUCACUCACAAAGUCGAGAAAGAACUGGAGAUCAGAAAUUCUGCUAUCAAGAACCUAAAGCAUAAAAGAUAUCUGAUAUCAACGGCUCAUACUGCCGCGCUAGAGAGGGCGGAAGGCGUCAUCGCGGUGUAAAAAGAUCUUGAAGAGCCCUUGAUUUCCCACACAAGUUGCUAGAUUAUCUGGUCAGAUCUUAAAUUUGUUCAUUCUUUUAUUCUUGGUUUAAUUACUCUUUGACAAAACUAAAUAUUGAUUUAGGGCAGGAAAUUACCUUAUCAGAAGGAAUUCAAAGGCAAACAUUCAACCUCAUAUUGAAACCCUAAAACAGCUCUGUGACCAAAGCUACCCUGUUUUUUUGGUGGAAUAAAUAAAAACAAAUCUUGCUAGGUGUUUACAAUAAUUUGCUUUAUAAUGAAAAAGGUGCAUGUUUAUCAAGAUUUGGCUUAAGGUAAGGGAUUUCCCUUAUGAAGCAUAAACUGUUUUUGAUGGCAUUUAAUCUGUGUACGGUAAUCUAAGGAUGUGAAAGGGCUGAAGUCACAUAUUGGACAAAACCUUAUUUAAUAGUUAGAUUUUACUCUUCCAAAUGUUUAGUUAUGCACAGUAUAAACUCCUAGGUAAAGUAAGCUGGUUUUAUAAUCAAAUAUCAUUUAUAAAAUCAAAGCUUUUUAGGUGAUUUUAGUGAAAUGAAAUGGGCUUUUUGCUUUUGGCUCCCGCUACAUUUUUGUCUUUAACUAAAGUUUUGGUUCUGUAGCUCAACUCACUGACACAUAUUAUAAAUUAUUUACACACAGACUAAUAUGAUUUUAAGCUUUUAUUUCUGUUAAUUGUGGUGAUUUUCUGCUCACAACUGAUGAAAUGGCAUCCAAGAUUAGAUUACUACAUCAGACCAAUUAAAUAUAUAUAAGCUUAUAUGUGCAUAUAUGUUAUAAAAAAUUAUGGACUUACUGAGAAGUACCUGUUUAAAUGUUAUUAUGCUCUAAUUUAUUGAAUAUGACUGUGAACUUGUCAUGGUGCAUCUAAAAGGCUGCUCUAAGAUAAAUGCUAGAAAAGAAGUAAUGCAGAAAUGUUUGUAUGUGUUACGUAACAGUAUAACAUUUAUUUUAUUUAGCCAUUGUAAUACUUAAUUUUGCUAAGUGGUUUGUGGAGAUGACUUUGUUUUGUUCUGCUGUGUACCAGUGACUUUGUAAUAAUUUUAGAGCUGAUACAAUAAAACUGUUUCUGCAGAA